GUGUCGAAAAUUUCGCUCAUAACGGAUGAAAAGUUCCAGCUGCAAAGAGUUUAGUGCGUUCGGAAACUUCGCGACGAAGAAGAAUAAGCAGCAGAAAAACAAGGUGGAGCGCAGUCCAAAUAAGGCGAAGCUGGAAGACAAAACAUAAUACGUAUGCAAUUAUGGAGGAACGAAACAGGAAAAUGUAGUAGCAUUUUUCUACAAUUACCACUACUACCAGCAGUUGAAUUACCACCGCACGGCUAGAUUGGCAAUUUGCAGCAUAUUCUCGCAUAAAGGAUUUUAUCGUAGAAACGACAAUCGAAUAUCGGAAUGCCUGGAAGUGGUCCCGUUUAUCAGCCGACAACGGUUUCCUACGAAGCCCGUCCGGGAACUGGUAAUGGUGGUGGUGGUGGCAGUAGCGGCGGUGGACUGUUGGCUCAAACAGCGGCCGCUUCCUCGCUGAAAAUGCUCCGGAAGCCAGCUGCCCAGAUGUCGGUGUUGAUUUUUGGACUCAUUUCGUUGGCUGCGGGAAUCACCAUGAUUGCCAGCGGCUCAGCCGACUAUUCCGAUACGGAGCAACACCCGGAGGCACACCCAGACGGAGGAAGUAUUCCCGAGGAAGAGCUUGACAUCGGUUUGAUUGUUUCCGGCGUUCUCGUAACGAUCCUGGGUUUCGUUCUUCUCGGUCUCUACAUCAAGGUUGCCGACUGGCGCCGGAACUGCGUCUGCCCGUGCACCCUCACCAAGAAGCAGGGCUUGGCACGGCAGCUGCAGGGUAGCAGCGGUGGGCAGAUUUUGGCACUGAACCCGAGUACGGAUCCGCUUGUUUCGCACACACAGUAUGCACCGGUUUCCGAGAUUCCUACCCGCCAGGAGGACGAGGAACGGCGAAAUCUGAUGCCCGAUAGUAAGGAUUCGUGUUUGAGUAGUGCCGAAGAGUCGGAUCGAAUGCUGGAUCCCGAUCCGAGGAUUGUUCUGCGACCGAUUGGCGGCGGUGGUACCGCGGAGGAUGCUUAGGAAGAGGAGGAUGAGUGGUAGGCGAACUAGGGUGGAUUGGGUUGGACAGGCGGGGAUGGUUUGUUUUGUAUCGCUAGGAUAAGCUUAAAGCUUCUGUGCGAACAGUUUCGAAAAGAAAGGUGCACGAAAUAAGGUUUUAUUUGACUGGGAAAAGGGAAAGGUAACCAAACAAAGCAAUGAGAUUAUUUUUUGAUGUUUGAUUCGUUCAGAAUUUCAACAAAAAGCAUAUAUUGGGAAUAUGACGAAAAUUUGGAACUACGGUUAGUGACAAGGUGACGAAUUAACAGCGAAUCUCGCGAGGAAAAGUUUCAAUAUAAAGUCAGGUUUAUUGGAUCUGACAAAGAUUAUUGUACAACAGCUGACUUUAAGCGUAUUAGUUUUACUUACAUUUCAAAAUUUAGUUUAGUAAUAGUAGUACCUAGUUUUCCUUGACCGUACUAUUCUAGAAAAUCUCACCGCUAUCGAAAAGCUACGGUAAACAUUCGUCUAUAGGUAAAUUAAAAUCAACUUACUUUUCUUGUAGUCGUUCGAAUUUUACAAGAGACUGAUAAGAGGGUUCCACUUCCGUCCACUUUUUUCCGUUAGAAUCCAUUUAAAUCUAGACUGGAAGGUUGUAAACAUGGUUUAUCAUGGCUUGUAUUGCUUUGUUGUUUGAAUACCAUCCUCCAAUUUUUUAGAAUUUCGGAUGUUUGCAGAAUAAUUUAGGAGUGAGGAUAAAUGAAAAAUAAACCUAACCUAAUUCCAUCCACUCCCAUUUUAUAAAAUCAAUUUUGAAAUACCGUAGCUUUGUCAGUACUUACAAACACGCUAAAAAUUUAAUGCGAAAACACGGCAUUUACUUAGUUGACAAAAAAAAUGUAUUCACACCAGCGAGUCUAGAUUAAGUACUUAGUUUUUUUAUUGCAUUUUACUAAUAUUAAUUUUCGUUAGAAAAGUAACACUAUACAAGAGCAAAGAGUGCAAUUAUAUACAUAUUUAUUCAGUAUUCCGUUCCAUUCCAAAAUAGGCACAAUAGAAAGCUCAUACAAACCUACAACAAGCACGAAUUUACUCUCAAACGACUACUACACAGGUAUCAUCCGCUUGUUCAUUUAUAUUUUGAUGAAUACUUUUUAAUAGACUUCCCAUGAACACGUACAAUUUUGUACCUGUGUACAAAAUUUCGUGCACGCGUUCAACUUCAAAAAUGCUUCGUCUCGAUGUGCAAGUUUGCCUCGAACAUCGAACUCAAGCGAACGAUGUGCAAACGCUAGUUCAAACAUCCGUGUACGUACACCGGGUGCAUACACGAGACCGAUUCGCACAUGGCAAAAACAGUCAGCGCUAGUGACGAUGAGAGUUAGAAAGAGAAAACUGGUGCCACGAACCGAUGUGUACGCACACCGUGCACGUACAUGGCGAACAUGUGCACGUGUUUAGGUACGAAAUAGUGGGUUUGAGCUCGUACACGAAGUGUGGGUUUAAUAUGAGCACAGAACCAGGGAGAACAUUGUGUGUACGAUGUGCAUAUGGGAAGACUGCUUUUUAAAUUUUCCUUCGAAGUUUAUCAGUAGCUGUAAUUUUUGAAAAUAAUUUUCUGUCAAACGGAACAAUUUUAUUGUUAAACAUGGCGACCGUUAGGAGGCUAACGAUCAUCUCUUUACCAUCCUUAGGAAUGGUUUAUACACACCGACUAGUGGAUGAAAGGUACACAAACACAACAUUUACACUCACACACUUACAAAAACACAUUUCGGAGCAGAUUCGUCCAGGGGUGCACUCUGCAGGACGCAAAAAGGGGUGCAAUAGGUAACACGCAGAAGGUAUUUGAUCGAAGCAAGUGAUAACAUAGCAAACGAAAACAUCAUUAUUAUUACUGUGUACUUUUGUAGUAGCACAUUUAUAUAGUCGCAUAGAGACAGUAAAAAAAACGAGAAAAGAUUUUAGAACUUGUGGUAUGUUAUUUUUGAAGAAAAAAAAAACUAGAAGAAAAAACCUAUUGUUUCAUACCUGCUCUCUCACGCUCUCUCUCUGUGCGGUGCGCCAUGCAGACAAAACGAAACGAAAAACGAAUAUUGUGACACCGAGAGACCCCCUAAUAAAAAAGUUGAAUUGGUAAAAAUAAAA